AUGGGGGCUCUGUAUCUGUUUUCUCAUGCCGACGCUAUGGAAAUGAACAGAUGCAAUUUCAAGAUGGCAGGCAUUUGUGGAGCCACGAUAAUUAGUCAAGCGAUGGACCUGAAAUCAAUAGCCGAGAGAAUAAAGAUCGUAGCCAUCGGUGCUAACUGCGAGUCAGCUACCGGAGUCAGGAGGAUGAUGUCUUCGCCGGCCGCAUUUGUUAGGAUCGCUGGAGAUGGAACUUUCGACAUGGUUGAUCAAGCGAUAUCAAUGGCAUUUGGUGAGUCAAGAGGAAACAAUUAUGUUCGUAUUCAGGGGAGUAGAAUAGUAACGAAUAACAAAGAAAAUGGAAACACGUUGACGAUUGCAGAGGAAAUGUUGGCACAAAAAAACGUGGAAUCUGUACUAUUUUCUAGAAAGAAACUGGCUGAGAAAACACAUAUUGAAAAAUUGGAAAUGAUAGGUGGAGAACUAAUGAAAGAGGAAAAAAGAGCAUAG